AUGCCGAAGGCUUUCACUUUCGGCCACUGUGGGGGAAGGGUCCAGGGUCCGGCAAUGACGGCCGACAUCGAGAGCCGCUUUAACAGACUCAGAUUUAAUCGCGCGGACUUUUGCACGGCGUCUUUUGGACCAGCACCACGGUUGUUCGGACUUCUGAGCUCCGCAUCCGGUUCUCCGCCGUUUAAGCGGUACAGCAACGGCGAUCAAGCGCGAUCGAACCCGUCUUCGACUUCUGCUACAUCAUCCAACGCUAUCUCUCUCGUCUUUCGGGAGAUCAAAAGAACCUCUGUUCGAUUCGACAACAGGAUGCUACCAACCACACGCAACGGCGCGCCUGCUGCUCACGAUGAGAAGCGGGCUGCGCUCCGAUCGACCGGUCAACCAAAGAGCGGACGAAAAUGGGCGGCUAUGCUGGCUCUGGUGGUCGGAGCCAUGACGCUCGCCUUCCUCUCGCUCGACAGUGCCGCCUCGAACGCUGUCAACGAUCGUCUGUGGAGCAUGACGCAGUCGCUUCAGGUCGACACCUCGUCCUCCGACUUGGCCGCGCUUUGCCCGCAGCAGGAUCCGUACGAUCUUAAGGACGGUCUCGCCGACAUCGACCGUGACCUGCUCGCCUCGAGGCUCAGCAAGGCCGUUCAGAUCGACACCACCGUCGGCGACGAGUGGCCUGACCCGAACGACGUGCCCGAGCGCUGGGAGGCCUUCCCCGAGUUCGCCGACUGGCUCAAGAGCGAGUUCCCGCGCGUGCACGAAAAGCUCGACCUCGAAAUGGUGCACAAGCACGGCCUGCUGUACACCUGGAAGGGCACCGACGACUCUCUCAAGCCCCUCCUCAUGAUGGCGCACCAGGACGUUGUGCCCGUCAACCAGGGUACGCUCGACCAGUGGCGCUACCCUCCCUUCAGCGGCCACAUCGAUAAGGACGCCGACACAGUGUGGGGCCGUGGCUCGUACGACUGCAAGGCUUGGCUCGUCAGCCUGCUCUCGACGGUCGAGGACCUUUUGAGCAAGGAUUGGGACCCCGCGCGCACCAUCCUCUUCAGCUUUGGCUUCGAUGAAGAGUCCGGCGGAAAGCAGGGCGCCGGAUGGCUCGCCAAGCGCGUCGAAGAGAUCUGGGGCCGCGACAGCAUCGCUAUGAUCAUCGACGAAGGCAACCCGGUCAUUGGCGCUUCCGACCUCCUGGGCCCAGGCAUCGACGUCGCCAUGCCCGGUAUCGCUGAAAAGGGCUCCGUCGACAUUGCGGUCACCGUCGAGUCCGAGGGCGGACACUCGUCGACCGCCGGUGCCCACACCUCGAUCGGCCUCUUGGCUCGCGUCGUGGCGCAGCUCGAGGACCAGCGCGACCGUCUAACCGAGAGCAAGAUCAGCGGUCCGCAGCUCCAGUUCCUUCAGUGUAUCCGAGAAGGACCUCGCAUCCCCGCGCAGCUUCGUUCGGCGCUCAAGGAUCUGGAAUGGGCCUCCAAGUCGUCAUUCGAGCACCUCGGCGUCUACUCGACUUUGCAGAGCGCGCUGCCCAACUCCUUCACCUCGUUUGUGCUGUCGGCUGUCAACACGUGGUCGGAGCGAGGCCGACAGCGACGCAUCAGGCAGGCUCGCGAGCGUGUGGUUCACGCCAUGCCCGCCGAACUGCAGACGCAGUUCAUCACCACCACCGCCGUCGACAUUAUCGAGGGCGGUGUCAAGUUCAACGCGCUGCCCGAGAGCGCCACUGCGUACGUCGACCACCGCAUCGCCAUCACGAGCAACUUCGCCGAGCUCAAGCAGCACUACAUCGACGUGGUCUCUUCGGUGGCGCAAAAGUACAACAUGGAGGUGGAGGCGUUCGGCCAGCACGUGCUCAACGCCAGCUCGCCGGUGGGCAAGUCGAAGCUGACCAUCAAGGAGGCACGCAGUGCGCUCGAGCCUGCUCCCUGGACACCGCUCGACGGCGACAAGGCCAAGCCGUGGCGUCUGUUUUCGCAGCUCGUGCGAUCCAUCUGGGUCAACGAGGACGGCGAGCCGGUCAAGGUGGCUCCUUCGAUCAUGCAGGGCAACACCGAUACACGCUACUACCACAACCUCACGCACAACAUCAUCCGAUUCGGACCCACGAGCAUGAAGCCCGACAAGACCGGCCUCGGCGGCCAGGUCGGCGUGCACACCGUCAACGAGCACUACCCGAUCCAGGGCCUGGCUGACAGCACCAACUUCUACGCUGCGCUCUUCCGCGCCGUUAGCGUCGAGGAUAUCUGA